GCGCUGUAUGGCUCCAUCAAGAACGAGAAGCUGCAAUGGGCCAUAGAUGAGGAGGAGCUGAGAAAAUCCCUCUCAGAGCUGGCAGACCCCAACCCAAAGUCCCUCAAGCGCAUCAGCAGCUGCAGUAACCCCUUUCUGGACUUCUCCCAAGACUCCAGCAUUGCCACCUACAAGCACGGACUGUUAGUGCGCAAGAUCCACGCUGACCCCGACUGCAAGAAAACGCCCCGAGGGAAGCGCAGCUGGAAGCCCUUCCACGCCAUCCUGAAGGGGAUGAUUCUCUACCUGCAGAAGGAGGAAUAUAAGCCAGGGAAGGCACUGGCGGAAGAGGAGCUGAAGAACGCUAUUAGCAUCCACCAUUCGCUUGCCACACGGGCAUCUGACUACAGCAAGCGACCCAACGUCUUCUACCUCAGGACAGCUGACUGGAGGAUCUUCCUCUUCCAAGCGCAGAACCCUGAACAGAUGCACUCGUGGAUCACACGCAUCAAUGUGGUGGCAGCCAUGUUCUCCGCACCCCCCUUCCCCGCAGCCAUCGGCUCCCAGAAGAAGUUCAGCCGCCCGCUGCUGCCCAGCUCUUGCACUCGGCUGUCCCAGGAGGAGCAAGUGAAGAGCCAUGAGACCAAGUUUAAGACGAUGUCAGCAGAGCUGCUGGAGCAUCGCUCCUCCCUACCUGAGAAGAAGGUGAAGGGCAAAGAAUACGAGGAGCUGAAGCAGAAGGAAGAGUACCUGGAAUUUGAGAAAUCCCGCUACGGCACCUACGCCAUGCUGCUGCGGGCCAAGCUGAAGGCUGGCUCUGAGGACCUGGCAGUGUUCGAGUCCACCCUCUUUGAUGCAGCAGGCGGGGAGGACGAUGGCCUUAAAAAAGCCCAUUCCAGCCCCUCGCUCAACACGGAGCCCUCUGGCAUGGCCACCAAGGUGAAGCGCAAUGUCUCGGAGCGCGCCAGUCGCCAGGCCCCUGGCCACCCCCAGAAGCCGUAAGUGAGGGG